GUUGAAAUAAGGAAGCUUGAGUGCUGCGCCGCCUCAUACCUUUAUGAUGAGGACUCAGCGCAGGCCCUAGACCGGCUGGGGAGCACGGUGCGAGUGAGUGACGCUUCUCAUGUUGGUUUGGACGACACAUUUGUUGUUUUUAAGGAGCUGGCUGAUUUUAACAUGAUGUGUUGGCCAUGUUGUUCAGACGGCUGGCAUGCUGAAGGCCUGAGAGGACCGAGCCAGAGGAGGACUCACACCCAGGACCGCGUCACCAAGUCGUACACAGUCCGAUUACAUCCUGGUAGCUGAAAUCCGUUCUGGGACUUUCUUAAGGUAGCCAACCCCACAGAAGCCAACAUGGCCGACGCAGUGAAUGCACUGCCAUUCUUCUAUGGCAACAUCACCAGGGAAGAGGCGGAGGACUACCUGCGGAAGGCGGGCACCACCAACGGCUUGUACCUGCUCCGGCAAAGCCGAAACUACCUGGGGGGCUUUGCCCUGUCUGUGUUGCAUUCCGGCCGCUGCUACCACUACACCAUUGAACGAGAACCCAAUGACACGUACGCUAUCGUGGGCGGUAAGAGCCACAGGAGCCCUGUAGAUGUGAUCGACUACCACGUCCAGGAGAUGGACGGCCUCGUGUGUCUGCUGAAGAAGCCCUGCAACAGGCCCAAGAACAUGCAGCCAAAGGUGGGGCCCUUUGAGGACCUGAAGGAAAAACUGAUCCGGGAGUAUGUGAAGCAGACAUGGAACCUGCAGGGGCCAGCUCUAGAGCAGGCCAUCAUCAGCCAGAGGCCUCAGCUGGAGAAGCUCAUUUCCACCACCGCACAUGAGAAAAUGCCCUGGUUCCAUGGAUCCAUCACACGGGAAGGCUCUGAGCCCAGGCUCCAAAGCGGCUCGCGUACAAACGGAAAAUUCCUGAUCCGACAGAGAGACAUGAAUGGAUCCUAUGCGCUGUGUCUCCUGCAUGAAGGACAGGUCAUGCACUAUCGCAUCGACAGGGACAGGACAGGCAAGCUCUCCAUCCCAGACGGCAAGAAGUUCGACACCCUGUGGCAGCUCGUGGAGCACUACUCCUACAAACCGGAUGGCCUGUUACGGGUGCUGACAGAGCCGUGUCCCCGACCCGACGGGGACGUGCUGAUUGGACGGCCACUACUCCCACAGAACCAUCCUGAAUUAACUCCUUCCUUGCAGAAAACAGCGGAAAGGAUUUUCAAAAAAGUCAGAACUGUUCUCAUACCCGGCCAAAAGAUCUGGGGAUCUCCACCCAACACAACAAAUGAUGGUCCAAAUAUAUAUGCAAUCACACCGCCCAUUGAUAAAGAAGGCAGAAGAGAACUUCUAAGAGCCACUGACCAAGUACAACCCAGAACAGGUUGUUUAAUGAUGUCUCAACUUCACUUCACAUGCAAGUUUGCAUACUGUGCAAGACUGAUGUGUCAAUCACUCAAAUGUGUCAUGGCUAUUUCUCCAUCAGAGGCCAUGCCGAUGGACACGGAGGUGUAUGAGAGUCCAUAUGCAGACCCAGAUGAACUAAGGAGUUCCACAGUGGAUCGCAGCCAGCUCUUCUUGGAGGAUGGAGAACUGGGCUCUGGGAACUUUGGUACAGUCAUGAAGGGCAUCUACAAGAUGAGAAAGACAGAGAAGCCAGUUGCAGUCAAAAUCCUGAAGAAUGAUGACAACCUCCAAUCAGUAACUGAUGAAAUGCUGCGAGAAGCCAAUGUCAUGCAACAGCUGGACAACCCUUACAUCGUCCGGAUGAUCGGUAUAUGUGAGGCAGAGAGCCUCAUGCUGGUCAUGGAGCUGGCCGAGCUGGGACCGCUCCACAAGUUCCUGCAGAAACACAAGCAAACAACGUUGAAGAACAUCACAGAGCUGGUCCACCAGGUGUCUAUGGGGAUGAAGUACCUGGAGGAGCAUAACUUUGUCCACAGAGACCUGGCUGCCAGGAACGUGCUGCUGGUCACGCAGCACUACGCCAAGAUCAGCGACUUUGGCCUCUCCAAAGCCGUCGCCGAGGAGCAGAACUACUACAAGGCCAAGGGUCAUGGGAAGUGGCCAGUGAAAUGGUACGCUCCUGAAUGUAUGAACUACUUCAAAUUCUCUUCCAAAAGUGAUGUGUGGAGCUUUGGGGUGCUCAUGUGGGAGGCCUUCUCCUACGGCCAGAAACCAUACAAGGGAAUGAAAGGAAAUGAGGUCAUGCAGAUGAUUGAAAGUGGAAAUCGCAUGGAGGCCCCGCUCAACUGUUCUCCAGAGAUGUAUGACCUCAUGAGGACCUGCUGGACAUACAAGUGUGAGGAGAGGCCCGGGUUCUCCGUUGUUGAGCCGAGACUACGAGAAUAUUACUACGACAUUUCCCAGUGAUUCUUCACAUGGACGCUGUGAAACAACCCAAACUGUUGGUUCAUG